AUGCAAGCCCCUGUUGUGUUUAUGAACACGGCUGCGCAGAGACAGACCGGCCGCGAGGCCCAGAUCCAGAACAUCACCGCGGCAAAGGCCGUCGCGGACAUCAUCCGCACGUGUCUGGGCCCGAAGGCGAUGCUCAAGAUGCUGCUGGAUCCGAUGGGAGGCAUUGUGCUGACCAACGAUGGGCACGCGAUUUUGCGCGAGAUCGACGUCGCGCACCCGGCUGCCAAGUCGAUGAUCGAGCUGAGCCGCACGCAGGACGAAGAGGUCGGCGACGGCACCACGUCGGUGAUCAUUCUUGCGGGCGAGAUCCUUGCACAGACGUUCCCAUACAUAGAGAAAAACAUCCAUCCGGUGGUGAUCAUCCAGGCGCUCAAGCAGGCGUUGAAGGACGCGCUGGAGAUCAUCCACGAGACAAGUAUCCCUGUGGACCUGGAAAACGAGGCUGCGAUGGUGAAGCUCAUCAGCGCAGCCAUUGGCACCAAGUACGUGGCCAAGUGGUCGCAGCUGAUGUGCCAGCUGGCCCUGAAGGCGGUGAAGACGGUACUGGUGCAGGAGGGCGACCACAAGGAGAUCGACAUCAAGCGGUACGUGCGUGUGGAGAAGAUUCCCGGCGGCGAGAUCGAGGACUCUGUUGUCCUGGACGGCGUGCUGCUGAACAAGGACGUGGUGCAUCCCAAGAUGAAGCGUGUGAUUGAGAAGCCGCGCGUGGUGCUGCUGGACUGUCCGCUGGAGUACAAGAAGGGCGAGAGUCAGACCAACGUCGAGAUCACCAAGGAGGAGGACUGGGCCAGACUGCUGCAGAUCGAGGAGGAGCAGGUGAAGCUGAUGUGCGAGCAGAUUCUGGCCGUGAAGCCGGACCUCGUGAUCACCGAGAAGGGCGUUUCGGACCUGGCACAGCACUACCUGCUGAAAGGCGGCUGUUCCGUGCUGAGAAGAGUGAAGAAGAGUGACAACAACAGAAUAGCAAGAUGCACGGGCGCCACCAUCGUGAACCGCGUCGAGGACCUGAAGGAGUCCGACGUCGGCUCGAAGUGCGGCUUGUUCGAGGUGAAGCUGAUCGGCGACGAGUACUUCUCGUUCCUCGUGAAGUGUCAGGAACCAAGAGCCUGCACGGUGAUGCUGCGCGGCCCGUCCAAGGAUAUUCUGAACGAAAUCGAGAGAAACCUGCAGGACGCGAUGGCGGUGACGAGAAACGUGUUUUUCGAGCCGUCGCUCGCUCCGGGCGGAGGAGCCACCGAGAUGGCCGUCAGCGUCGGGCUCGCCGAGCGGGUCAAGAAAAUCGAGGGCGUGCAGCAGUGGCCGUACCAGGCGGUCGCGGACGCGUUCGAGGUGAUUCCGAGAACGCUGAUCCAGAACUGCGGAGGCAACCCGAUCAGGGUGCUGUCGCAGCUGAGAGCCAAGCACGCCAACGGCGAGCACACGUGGGGGAUCGACGGCGAGAGCGGCAAGAUUGUCGACAUGAACGAGUACGGCAUCUGGGAGCCCGAGGCGAUCAAGCAGCAGAGCGCCAAGACCUCGAUCGAGAGCGCCUGCAUGCUGCUCCGCGUCGACGACAUCGUGUCCGGGGUCAGAAAGGAGACCUGA